CCCUUGACGCUCGUGGCCUGUGCGCGCUUCACCCGCAGUUGUUCUAGCCAUCGUCAUCCGCACAGUCGGUCUUAGUCAUCUGCCAUUAAACGUUACCUAAAGCUUGAUUCCUGCUCCUUUCUAACAUUUUGGUGCCGAAACCCGGGACGGAGGCAUCGCCUUCCCUAUCUAGGACGAAAGGACUGCAGGAAUAGGACAACACAUGGAACAGCUCCAGACGCUACGUGCCCCUCUUCGUUCCUGUGUUCAGAAGCUGGUGGAUGACAUCACGGCAUCACUUCAAGAAACAGCUCCAUCCAAGACAAAGAUCCAGCUCAAACUCGCCUCACUUACGAAGAAGUCAUCCCUGCUCUCUGAUCUGGAUCAUAACAUUGCAGCACUCAUAGACGAUGACGAAAUUGAAAGUGAGGCAGAGUCAUGCGACAACUACCUGGAACUCAUCACACGAGUAACUUUGAAUGCCAAGCGCUACGUCUCGACAAAUCAUGACCUGACUACGAACCCUAGCCCUGCUUCCACAACUUCAAGGAAUACAUCGCAGCAUGUAAGCCUCUUAGCAUCAUCGUUCACCGAAGCUCCAACGCGAAAGCACCCCGAUUACGAGCCACUAACACCAGAAGUUCAAGACGCCCUAAUUGACAACGACCACCCUGAAUAUACAGAUAUGAAAGUUCAAAUGAUAGAAGCAAAUCCAUCGACUAACUCGACUAGCACCAGGGGAACGAUCAAACGGAACUUGAACGACAUCUUUUGGACAACGAUACCACAACCGACUCGCUUCAAGGGCAUCCAACUCCGGAAAGCGGAAAUGCCACCGGACUCCAGUGUCUGUCCUAUGACCCUAAAGUCCGAUCGGGAUAGAAACCUCUCAACUGGCAAGUCGUCGACCCCACUGAAUCGUCCCGUACCUCAAAGCUUGCUGUUACAGGACAUGCCACCGCCAUCUACGGAUAAGUCCUCCGGACUACCCAUGCUCAUUCCAGCACCACCUCCGUUGAAGCAAGACCCACUGCAUCCUUUAUACGCAACGGAUCGCGAAUCCUCGCCUUGCAACAUAUAUUGCAACAGGUACCGCAGCCCUGCAAAUGCAAGGACUACUCCCUUCAGACCUCGUUAUCAGAAGCCGUCACCCCGUCAAUAUCGUUGCUACUGUCACAAGAAACUGUACCAUCUGGCCAACCACAGGCUCCGUCUUACCCAUGCGCCGCACGGAGUGUAAGAAAAAGGAAGCUGAUGUUUCGUCCCUUGACGCUCGUGGCCUGUGCGCGCUUCACCCGCAGUUGUUCUAGCCAUCGUCAUCCGCACAGUCGGUCUCAGUCAUCUGCCAUUAAACGUUACCUAAAGCCUGAUUCCUGCUCCUUUCCAACAAUUGUAUUUCCCUUCAGAUUCAACCUGUGCCAGCGGAGGAGUUGUUGUUUGUCCAUAAGAGGACAGAAGUAAGGCAAAGAAAACGUCCACUGCAAGCUGCACAACAGAUUGAACCAGCAGUUGAUGAGUUCCUGGCAGAGCUGAAGAGAAUUGCACCAGAUGCACAGUACUUCACAUUAGUGGAGAUGAAUGAAACGCCAGAAGCUGCCUCUGACAGUAGUGAUGACAUAUCCAACAGUGAUGGUCUUCCAGAGGAGCCACAGAAGAUCGUCAUUAACUUGGAUCCUCCUCUGUGCUCGCUGACUCAGCGAACCCUGCGAAAGAAAGGGCACUGUAAUGAGAAUAUAACUGAACUAUGUGAAAGUGUUGUGCACCACUUGUGUGUGAGUGAAGACGAUGCCAUUGAGAUAGAACAGGCAACACGUGCGCAGCACGAAUGCGUGGAAUGGAAAAACCAUCGUAAGGGGCGCAUCACUGCCUCUCUGUUCAAGGUUCGUGUGUCUGUCAAAGAUGGUGCACUGCUCCUCACUGCUGAGAAAGAUCCUGGAACCACGACCGUUAACUACGCCGGCAGUACUGUAUGGCCGGAAAAAUGAGCCAAUUGCGAAAGUGGCGUUACUGGAUGCCCUCCGCCAGAGGCAUCUCAAUGCCCGCCUGAAGGAAUGUGGGUUGAUGGUGCACCCUAAGUACCCCUUCUUCGGCUGUACACCGGACGGAAUUUUUGAGUGCGACUGCCACCCUCCAUCACUGGUGGAGGUGAAAUGCCUGUACUCUUUGCAGGACGUGAAUCCUUGCGACCUCCUUUCUAUGGGGCAAUCAAAGAAGGAUUUUUGUCUCGAUAAAGACGGAAACCUAAAGACUGCACAUAAGUACUAUUACCAGGUACAAGCACAAAUCCACCUCAACCUGCAGAACAUCAACCAAUGCUACUUUUACGUCCACGUAAAUGGUGGAGGACAUUUGGUGUUGAUCGAAAAGGACGAUAACUUUUUGAACCGAAACAUGGCUAAGUUGCGUACAUUUUAUACGCAGAAGGUCCUCCCACAAAUGCUCCUAAAUAGCAGUUGCUAAUUCCUACACGCAAAUCUGUGCACAUUGUAUAUAUUUUCAGUUGUUCCCACAAUUUCCUUUGGAGUGCCGUAAUGAAGAAUUGCUUUGAUUUUUCCCAUGCUGCUGUCAUUGUCUUUGAUAUUGUAAAUAGCAUCUGUACAUAGUGCCCU